GAAUGUCCAGCUCUAGAAUAUCAUUGAAUUUACACUCAUGACAUAUGUAUAUUGUGGGUGCCAAAGACAGAUAUAAACAAGUGCUUAAAUUAUAAUAAUGCCAUGUCAGGACACUCUGGGAAAGGCGUCGCGACAACUCCGUUGCAGUCACACGUGGAGGUGAAAAAUCAAAGCAACAUAGAUCAUUUCAUAAUUGAUUCCUGCUCCGAUGAGAUCUAUUAUUGUGAAGAUUGUGGCAACGACUUUGACAGCAUCGAUGCGUAUAACAGGGCACACAGUGGGCCCAACAGUUGCGUUGGAGUCGCUGAAACUGGAUCCCUUUUUACGGUCCACUCUGUUGACGACAAAGAUGAGCCCUAUUUGGGUGAAGACACAAUUGAUAGCGACGCCGUUGUGAUUGAAGAUGAAGCUAUCGAGGAGCUUGACAAUGUAAGCGAGCCGCAGCUUUGGGAAGUGCUGGACGAUAGUGAAGUGGUGCCAGUUGUAGAAACUGAAUCAUAUGCGGAAGGUGAUGUUGAACUUGAGGAGAUUCCCAAUAAAUCCGAGCGCUACUUUUGCUUUGAUUGCCACAGCAUAUUCGAAACGCGACAAAGCGCCGAAGAACACAGCUGCCCUCAGGCAGAACCAAAUAGCGAACCAGGCGCAAAGCAAAACAACGCAUUAUUUGCCAAAACGCAGACGCCAGUGAGACGGAAAAUAGCUAACAACGCUGCAACUGAAGGGAGUAGCAGCACGAUAUGCAAUAUUUGCAGCACCCAAUUCAGUUCGGCAAAGUGUCUGAAGUUCCACAUGCGAAUCCACAACGAACGUGCCUCCAAGUCCAUACAGGACGCGUUGCCCGUUGGUGCGCAUCAGCAGUACAGCGAACUGGAUCAAUUCUAUUGCGAGAUCUGCAAUAAGAGCUUCGAACAGAAUCUGUUGACGGUUCACAAACAGAUGCAUCAGAGCGAGAACAAGUUCUCUUGCGGCACUUGCAAUCGCAAGUUUGACAAUAUCAUCAACUAUGAGAUGCACCUCAAGAUUCACGAGCGCCAAUCAAAAAAGAACAACAACAGCAGCAGCAGCAACAGCCGAAGCAACAAAAGCAACGAUAUUGCCAAUGGCAAUGCGAAGCCAGGAUUUCCCUGUCAAUACUGUGAGCGUGUCUUUUCACGUCCCUACGAGAAGGUGAAACACGAGCGUGUCCACACCGGAGAGAAGCCUUACAGCUGUGAAGUGUGCGGCAAAACCUUCCGCGUCUCCUACUCCCUAACUCUUCACCUGCGGACGCACACCAACAUUCGUCCCUACGUGUGCACGACCUGCAACAAACGAUUCAAAUCGCAUCAGGUUUACUCGCAUCAUUUGCGCAUACACAGCUCGGAACGCCAGUAUGUCUGUGAUAGCUGCCCAAAAUCGUUUCGCACCUCGGUGCAGCUGUAUGCCCACAAGAAUACGCAUACAAAGCCGUAUCAAUGCGCUGUGUGCAAUCGACCCUUUGCCUCGCUGUACGCUGUCAAAACUCACAUGGCAACCCACCGAAUUAGCGACGCGAAAAGCAUCAGCAAUGCGGCAGUCAAGAGUCAGCAGCUGACGAAUAAGUAUUGGUGCAUCACCUGUGGUGCAGAGUAUGAGCGUCCUUUUGCCCUGAGGCUGCAUAUGAAGGCGGCGCACGGACAUCCCGAUGACGCGGACUCCCGUCUAGCCAAGGUGCCACCCUCCAUCGAUGACGACAACAAUGAAGUCAUGGUACCGGACUCUGAAACGGCUGUGCUGAUUGCGGCGGCUAAUGCGGAUUCGGCGGCAUAUUUGGAUGCAGGCGAUGAGUUGGAUGUGGUUAUUGCUGAGCCAAAAUAUGAAGAAUGCAUCGAAGUCUCAACUGAUGCGUUUGAUGUGGAAACCUUUCACAGCGAAGAGAUCAUUACAGACUGGCUAAAGUGAAAAUAAAAGCAGCGUGUUUUACUUGUGAAUAUUUAUUGCUGGCGUACAUACAUCUUGCAUAUAAUAAAAUAAGUUAAGAAAAUUCAA